GUGCUAUAAGAUGCCACCAGCACCAAUAUUAAAGACAAAAUCAGUGACACGGAUGGACUGUAUCUGUGGCUGGCAGUAGCAGGGUGACAGUUGCAGUGAGUGGAGGAUGAUGGAUCCACACUCUGACAGAUCCCAGGCUGGAAUUUCCCAGGUAAUGGGGGGAGAUAAAAUGUGUGACAGCAGGCAGCCCAGCCCCCACACACACAACACACCACCACCAACACUGACACAGAUCAGCAGGCACUAGAAGAGCAGGCUGUGGGAUUGUGAAGAUGUCAUCACUCACUGACACAUUGCACAU